CUCUUCAUAAACAGACAGAGAGUCCAGUAGACGGGCACAACCUCCAUCCUCUUCUUCUUCCUCCCCCUCCCCCUCCCCCUCAGCCUCAGCCUAUUACUAUUAGUAUAUACUGCUAGCUACCUAGCUAGGUAGAGCGGCGGCGGGGCAGCACUAGCCAGCUACGGCGAGCGGUUGCUGCCGCUGCCGCUGCCCUAUUCUAAUCUCAAGCCUCUGCCGCAGUUGCCGCCAUCAAUCAUCAUAUCCGGCACCGUCGGCGGAGAAUUAAAGGGGCCGUGUUAGUGGGGAGGGGGAGGGGGAGAGGAUCGAUUCCAUUCGGUUCUCUUUUUUUCUUCUUCUUCAGAAGAUUGAAUUCAAAGGAGGAAGGCAUUAAUAACAAACCCAAAAGGAAGUCCCGGCUGCCUUUCUGAUGGAUGUCACCAAGCAGCAGCAGCAACAGCACGACGAGGAAGCCCUCUCCGACUCUUCUCCUCUCGCUUCUUCUUCCUGGGCGUCAACCUCUUCCUCCCCUUGCUUGCCUGGUUCAGGGGACAGGGCGCCGCUGCUGCCCUGCAAGAUGGCCGACGAUGAAAAGGGUGACAGGCUCGAUGUUUCUGAGGAUACCGCGCACCAGAUUAGCGUUGAUCCUUGGUAUCAAGUUGGAUUUGUCCUGACAACAGGGGUCAAUAGUGCGUAUGUUCUAGGAUACUCUGGGUCGAUUAUGGUCCCUUUGGGCUGGAUUGGUGGAACAUGCGGGUUGAUCCUGGCUGCUGCAAUCUCGAUGUAUGCAAAUGCUCUGCUUGGUCGCCUCCAUGAAAUUGGUGGGAAACGCCAUAUUAGAUACAGAGAUCUUGCUGGACAUAUAUAUGGAAGAAAAAUGUAUGCGCUUACAUGGGCUCUACAAUAUAUUAAUCUUUUCAUGAUCAACACCGGUUUUAUCAUCUUAGCUGGCCAAGCACUGAAGGCAAUAUAUGUACUCUUUAGAGAUGACGGACUUCUCAAACUUCCCUACUGCAUAGCAUUAUCUGGGUUUGUCUGUGCUCUUUUUGCAUUUGGAAUUCCUUAUCUAUCUGCUCUCCGAAUUUGGUUGGGAUUCUCCACUGUUUUCAGUCUCAUCUAUAUUGUGAUAGCAUUUGUGCUGUCGCUUAGAGAUGGCAUAACAGCACCUGCAAAGGAUUAUAGUAUUCCUGGAUCACAGUCAACUAGAGUCUUCACUACGAUAGGUGCUGUAGCAAAUCUUGUAUUUGCGUACAACACUGGAAUGCUACCAGAAAUUCAGGCAACCAUAAGGCCUCCUGUGGUCAAGAACAUGGAGAAAGCUCUCUGGUUCCAAUUCACUGUUGGUUCGUUGCCUCUGUAUGCUGUGACCUUUAUGGGAUACUGGGCUUACGGAUCGUCAACCUCGAGUUAUCUACUAAAUAGCGUCCAUGGCCCAGCUUGGAUAAAAGUUGUGGCAAAUUUCUCGGCCUUUCUUCAGACUGUCAUAGCAUUACAUAUAUUUGCAAGCCCAAUGUAUGAGUACCUGGACACAAGAUUUGGCAGCGGACACGGUGGGCCUUUUGCAAUCCACAAUGUUGUUUUCAGAAUUGGUGUGAGAGGAGGUUACCUGACGGUGAACACGUUGGUGGCUGCGAUGCUGCCGUUCCUUGGCGACUUCAUGAGCCUGACCGGCGCCCUGAGCACCUUCCCCCUCACGUUUGUUCUUGCAAACCACAUGUACCUGAUGGUGAAGGGCCCCAAACUUUCUGCCUUUCAGAAAGGUUGGCACUGGCUGAAUGUUGUUGGGUUCAGCUUGUUGUCGGUCACGGCCGCAGUCGCUGCGCUCAGGCUUAUCAUGCUUGAUUCCAGUACUUACCACUUAUUUGCUGAUAUGUGAGGCCAAUUUCAAGUCAGCUCUAGAUUUUCAUAUAUUAUAGUAUGGGUUAGGUCAGUAGAGUGUUUGACACGCUCAUCAUUGAUAUAAAAUAGCAUCAGUCAACGAAGUAUUCCUGUAUGUGUGGCUACCUAAACAUUGCCUGAAAGUCUGAAAUAUCUACUAUUUGUGUAA